AUAAACAGACCCAUACAGGCAAAGACAAGCCUCAGAGCUGUGAAGAAAUGCCUGUGGACACAAGAAAAAUUGCAGGAGAAGAAAAGGAAAGUAAAAGCUGGUUUUGACGAUCACACUACAUUGCUAAACGGAUUUUGGCGAUAUAACGACAGUUAUUGGCUCAGAGAAUUCCGAAAUUCUGCAAUAAAAUCAAAUUGUUAGUCAGUAAUUUCAACUGUCAGGGUCGUAUUCUACAAGAGGAUAUCUGUGGAUUUUCUAGGGACUGGUGCACAAAUUCGGAGAAAUAAAUUCAUUUAAUCUUUAUCCAAAUGAUUUCAGACUCGGUCGCAAUGGCAGAGCUGCAUGGAAAGAUGCAUAAACAGGAGACAGUAUGCAUCUUUGGAACGGGUGAUUUCGGACGCUCGUUGGGGCUCCGUUUGCUCCAGUCAGGGUACAACGUUGUAUAUGGAUCCCGGGACCCUAAAAACUCUCUGUUGCUGCCUAAGGGGUCAAAGGUAAUGGCUCAUGCAGAAGCUGCUAGUGAAGCACAUGUGAUUUUUGUGGCUGUGCAGAGGGAGCACUAUGGAUUUUUGAGCUCCCUGGCUUCAGAUCUCGAGGGAAAGGUGCUGAUAGAUGUCAGCAAUAAUCUCAGGAGGGGUCUCUACCCAGAAUCCAAUGCAGAAUACCUGAGCAGGCUGGUUCCAGGGGUGACGGUAGUCAAAGCCUUCAACACUAUAUCUGCGUGGGCACUGCAGUCUGGGGGACUAGAUGCCAACAGACAGGUACUUAUCUGUGGUGACCGGGCUGAUGCUAAACAGCAAGUGGUGGACAUUGCUCAAGGUCUUGGUUUCACUGUCUUGGACAGAGGCUCCAUCAGAGCAGCUGCUGAGCUAGAAGACUUGCCAUUGCAACUCUUCCCUCUCUGGAGACUUCCUUUCCGCAUCGCCAUUUGUUUAACAGCUUUCAUAUUCUUCUACGCGCUCACAAGAGAUGUUAUCUAUGAGCGUGUUACCAAUGGUAAAGACAUCGCUUUCCGCAUUAUGGUCUCGCUGGCCAACAAGGUCUUUCCCAUUGUCUCCCUGGUGAUGCUGUCCCUGUGUUAUCUGCCGGGCGCAUUGGCUGGAUUCCUGCAGCUUUAUAACGGCACUAAGUACCGUCGCUUCCCUGAUUGGUUGGAUCGCUGGAUGCUUUGCAGGAAGCAACUGGGCCUGUUAGCGCUGGCCUUCGGUUUUCUUCAUGUUCUUUACACUUUAGUUAUUCCCAUCAGAUACUAUGUGCGCUACAGGAUAAAUGUCUACAUAAUAUCAUUGAUAAAAGAUAAUAAAACCUAUGAGUUUGACAACACAGCAGCCUGGCGUCAUGACUCCUACUAUUCCAUGGGAAUUCUUGGAUUUGGGCUGUUUGUCCUAUUAGGAAUUACAUCCCUUCCAUCUGUCAGCAACUCCCUAAACUGGAGGGAGUUCAGUUUUGUGCAGUCUAAACUGGGCUACAUGACCCUGCUGCUCUGCACCUUUCACACAUUCCUGUAUGGCUGGGAUAAAUUUCUGAAAACUUCAUCAUAUAGGUGGUGGAUGCCUCCAGCGUACAUGUUGUCUCUGGUGGUCCCCUGUGUGGUUCUGAUCCUGAAGUUAAUCCUGAUCAUGCCAUGUGUGGACCACAAGGUCACCCGUAUCCGUCAAGGCUGGGAGAGACAGAGCAAGACUAGCAGAGACACAAAGACAAACCAACCACUCAUGGCGUAGCAAAAAACAAUCUUCAAACUUUAUCCAAACUGUUGGACUUACCCUACUUCUGAAAGUAAGGCUAGGUUUGAAGAGUUGCAUCGAAAAAAGUUAUAAUGCCAGACCUGAAUACAGAGAUGAAACUGAGCAAAUGACUUGGGACUUGACUUGAACUCAAAAUUUGAGACAACAUCUGUAGGUCUACAAAAAAGAGACCUUGAUUAAAGAUUACAAGGGCA